AUUGAAUCCCUUUUGUUUCAUUCUGAUCAUUAGGAUCGGGAUCGACAUUUCGUUUUAUUUACACAAAAAGUCGGAGACCAGUCACUGCUUGUGGAGUUUGGUGUGAUAUUUCCAGCUCCAGUACAAAGAAAAGGAGUUUGAGCAAUAAUAUUGAAUAAACAGACCAUGUCAGAGUUUGAGAUGGAGACAUCUAUAUCCAGUGCCAGAGAUCCAGAAUCUGAUCGGGAUGAAGAAUCUUCUGAAGAGAAGUUGACCUUUGACAUUUCUGACCCUGAGGAAAAAGGUCAUCAACACAAAGUAACAGUAAAGAAAGAAGAGGGAGAUUUUGCAUUCAGACCAGAAAGUCAUCUUGUGAAUAUAAACUAUAGUGGGAAUGAAAAUGAAUUUGGGAAUUUCGAACAAUCCAUAAAGGCGUGUGAAAGUAAAAGGCCCAAUGAAUGUAGCAUCUAUAUGAAAACAUUUAAUCAUUUACAUGAGUUAUGGAGACAAAUGAGUAUACAUGCAGGUGAUAAACCUUAUAGAUGUAAUGUGUGUGAAAAGGCAUUCAAACUGACAAGAGACGUACAGAGACACAUGAGGACACAUACCAGUGAAAAACCUUAUAACUGUGAUGUGUGUGGAAAGUCUUUCAAACUGUCACAUCACUUACAGGAUCACAUGAAAAUACACACAGGUGAUGAACCUUAUAAAUGUGAUGUGUGUGAAAAGGCAUUCAAACGGAAAAUUGACUUUCAUAGACACAUGAGAACACAUACCGGUGAAAAACCCUAUAAAUGUGAUGUGUGUGGGAAGGCAUUCAGACAGUCACAACACUUACAGGCUCACAUGAGGACACAUACAGGUGAUAAACCUUAUAGAUGUGAUGUGUGUGGGAAGGCCUUCAACGAGUCACAGAACUUAAAGAGUCACAUGAGGACACAUACAG